AUGGUCCCAUUCUCCGCCGACACGGGGCUUAAGGUCUGUGUGGGAAUCUUCUUCUUGAGCUCUUUCUUCCUUGCAUCAUCUUAUAAUGCCACAUACGCCUUUGACCGCCCGGUCAGUACGUCCGUCCUAGUCUGUUUCCUUCUUGGAGCAGUCUUCUCAGUUCUAGGGCGGUUCGUCCCAUCAGUGUCUCGACCCUUGUCUCCGACGAGGAAACGGCCUGGCAUUCCGCUCGCCGACCAAUUCGAACUCCCAUCGCGGGUCUCCUCUUCGUCCCCAAUCUUGGGUCCCCAGGGACUUCCACCACCCCGAACCCAUUUCUGGUUGAAAUUUGGCCUGCUUCUAGGAAUCUUUGGUUUGCGCGUCGAGUUAUUCCGUCGAGUGACUCUCCACAACGAGUGCGCGCCUACUGGAUAUGCCUAUGCGAUUCCAUUCGUCAUUUCACUAUAUGAUUACCUCGCCCAUCAGCGAUUACGCUCAAGGGAUGGCUACUCUCCACUGCAGACGCCCCAAAAUUUGUCGUCCAAUGUAGCCUAUUACGUCUGUCGGCGCGGCUUCUAUAACCUUACGCAAGGUCGCUUCAGAGGGGUGUUUUCCGCAGCCUUGAUCUCAGUGGGUGGAUAUGCGGCUUCGUCGCUUCUCGCUGGCAGCCAGUCAACGUACAUUUGCCCGAUAGUUCUCAAUGGAGCAGCACGUCUACAGACUAUGAGAGCCGCCAACGUGGUGAUAGAUUCAAUUCUUCUUAUCGGGAUUGCUGAACUGUGCCGAAGUAGUGGCGAAAUUGAAGAGGCUGGGAGAAAGCGAGCAAUCGUAUCGCUAGGAGCUGGUCUUCUGAUCGUUGCCAUCGUUUGGACUAUUAUUGGGCAUUUUGUCAGCAACAGUCGUCCUGAACACAGCGGUCAGCCCUUCUUGGAUGCGAAGUACUCGCGGAGUGCGUUUGGUCAAGCGAUGUUAGUUGUAUUUUUCGUUCUAUCGGCAUGGCAAAUGCUACCCCAUUUUGGCAUUCUCGGGCUCUCUAUCUUGGGCGGCUUUGUUUUUGUAUUCUUCCCUGCGACAUCGACCCUGCUCUUCGAACAGAUGCCAUUUCCUCACAUCUCCCAAACUCAUGCUGUUGUCCCUUUGAUUGCAUCGUCAACCGGUGUAAUCCUAUUCCUUUUCUCCAGGAUAUUGUCCGAAGACGAGUCGAAACCAUUAUAUCGCACCAACAUUGUCCUCCAAAUUUUGUUCCUCGUUAUCGGAGGAAUUGGCUUGAUCUUUGCGACGACCAAGCAUCAAUUCUCCCACACACACCCGAUCGAUCUCCUUAUCCACAAAGGCACUAUACACUAUGACAACUACCUUCUGCAAGCUAGCGCCAGCAAGAAUCUGGAAGAAGCCAUUUGGGAAUAUCGAAAGCGAUAUCGGCAGCAUCCACCACCUGGAUUUGAUAAGUGGUUUGAAUAUGCAGUCAACCGGUCUUCAAUCAUUAUCGACGAUUUCGACCAGAUUUACGAGAACCUCCUGCCUUUCCGAGCCAUUCGCCCUGCAGAGAUCCGAGAAAUGACACAGAAAUUAGCGACAAAUCCUUUCAACGACCUCGGAGCGAUCAGCAUCCGUGCUGGUCAGGUCAGAGUUCAAGAGGGCAUCAAGCCAACUCAUGCGUGGAUGGUGAAAGGUGCAGCACAAAUGAUUGAGAAUUUUGCCCAACACCUGCCAGACAUGGAUCUUGUGUUUAAUCUCAACGAUGAGCCGCGAGUCGCCGUGCCGUGGGAGAAGAUGUUGCUCCUUAACCAGGCUGCGCGAGCACAAAAACCUGUCCCCCAGGAGGAACUGUUAGACCGGUGGUCAGGAGACCGGGAGCUUGGCUGGGGUCCAAUUGAGCCGGCUGACCAAACAAAUGAGACGAUUUUCACCGACGGCGCUUGGAGAGGCAUUUUCGAUCCGUAUGUCAGCGCAGUCUGCCCACCCUCGUCCCGAGUGCGCACAGGACGGGUCUGGAACCGACAUGAUAUCUGUUUGAGCUGCGCGGCGCCACAUACCAUGGGCCAAUUUCCAUUAGACUUCAACCUCGCCACAGAGAUCUGCCACCAACCUGAUCUCGCUUUCCUGCAUGGCCUCCUGAUAUCUCCGGCCUCAUUCAAGGUAUCCCAAGACCUUAUACCGGUGUUCAGUCAAAGCGCUCUGGCUGGCUUCAACGACAUUCUUUUCCCCAGCCCAUGGAACUACAUGGAUAAGGUGGAAUACAAGCCUUCGAAAGAGAAUCCUGACCCGGAGUAUGGACAGAAGGACAACUCUUUGUUCUGGGUUGGCAGCACGUCCGAAGGCUAUAGCCGAUUCAAUGAAUGGAAGGGUAUGCCACGGCAGCGGUUCUCCCACCUAAUCAAUAACAACACUCACAGCCAAGUCUCUGUGCUCUUACCAGCUGGCCCUGGCUCCUACCAGUACAAGAUCAUGGAUGGAUUUGCACCCACUAAGGAGCUCAAUCUGCGCACAAAUGUUCACAUCGCCGAUCCUAUUACCCGUUGUGGAGACUGUGAUACUCAGCGUGAUGAAUUGGGCACGAGCGGCAGGGUAGACUUUCAGGCGCACUGGUCUUACCGAUACCUGUUCGAUCUUGAUGGAGCCGGUUUUAGUGGCCGUUUCCUGCCCUUCCUGCAGAGUCAUAGUCUCCCCUUAAGGACCGGUCUCUUUCGGCAAUGGUUUGACUCCCGGGUUAUCUCAUGGCUGCAUUUUGUCCCCAUCGACAUCCGUCUGCAUGGCCUCUGGAGCACAUUGGCAUAUUUCGCCGGCGUACCAAAUCCCAAACCCAACGAGCACGAUCCCAACGGGGCCCCAAUGAUCAUGGAUGCGCAUGUGAACGAGGGCUGGUGGAUUGCCGAGCAGGGACGCAAGUGGACCGAGGUUGCACUCCGCAAAGAGGAUAUGGAGAUCUAUUUCUUCCGGCUGCUCCUAGAGUGGGGACGCCUCACGGAUGAUCAACGAGAUGUACUCGGAUAUAGGUUAUGA